GCAAGCAGGCCGAGGACGGCUGGUUUUGCCAGGCUGCAAGAGCUUUCCCGCUUGCCCCGGAAAUGCAUAGAGGCUGCGCGAGCUGCGGGCGGGGACAUGGUUUUAAACUUUAAACACGGGAAAAUGGAAACUUAAUAGGAACACUGUUGUGGGACCAUUUCAAUGAGUAGAUGUUUCGUCCAGGACAAAACCUGGGUGCCCUUCGUCCUUCCUUCUGCUUCAUCGCCGACCUCACUUCUUACUGUGGAGAGGAGGGAUGGAAAGAUUCCUGGUGAAGCGAGCUCAAGACCAUGUUGGAGAAGGGCAGCAGCAAGAGCAGAAUGAAGAAGAGCCAGUUACAUCCGGCAAAGACCCAGGGGGCCCAAGGAAGAGGCCCAGGAGAGAGACCCUGGAGAGGGCCACCCACGAGGCAGCCCCCAGCUGGCGGCACAUCCGGGCUGAGGGCCUGGACUGCGAUUACACGGUCCUGUUUGGCAAAGCUGAGGCAGAUGGGAUUUUCCAAGAGUUGGAGAAAGAAGUAGAAUAUUUUACAGGGGCGCUGGCCAGGGUCCUGGUGUUCGGGAAGUGGCACAACGUGCCCAGGAAGCAGGCGACCUACGGUGAUGCUGGGCUGACCUACACGUUUUCAGGCCUUACGCUGUCUCCAAAGCCCUGGAUUCCAGUGCUGGAGCGUGUGCGGGAUCGAGUUUCUGGAGUGACAGGACAGACUUUCAACUUUGUGCUCGUCAACAGGUAUAAAGAUGGCUGUGACCACAUUGGGGAGCACCGAGAUGACGAAAGAGAACUGGCCCCAGGAAGCCCCAUUGCCUCUGUCUCCUUUGGGGCCUGCAGGGACUUCUUCUUCCGGCAUAAGGAGUCCCGAGGGAAGAACCCCUGCCGGAGGGUGGAGGUAGUCAGGGUGCAGCUGGCCCAUGGAAGUUUGCUGAUGAUGAACCCCCCUACCAACACUCACUGGUAUCACAGUCUUCCUGUCCGCAAGAAGGUCCUGGCUCCAAGGGUCAACCUGACAUUUCGUAAAGUUUUGCCUACUAAGAAAUAAAAAGUGUUUCUAACAAUGAG